AUGAAGUUGGAACAGGAGGUGAGGUUAAGAGAAUUGGAACUUCAGGCUCAGAGAGAGGGUAAUAGACCCAGAUCUCCAACACCUGAUAUUGAUGGUGCAUCAACGCACAGUAGCUCAGCUCAAGCGAUGAACUUUCCUAUGCCAGUCUUCGACCCGAAGGCUGAAAAUAUUGAACAGUACCUAGACCGAUUUGGCAAAUUGGCAUCUUUGUACAACUUGGAAAGGAAUAUGUACACGCUGAAGUUGGCUCAAGGUUUGAGGGGUGAGGCAUACGAGAUUUAUCAACGGAUGCCCACCGGUACUGAGACUGAUUAUGAUGCAUUGUGUCAGGCUUUGCUGAAACGUUUCGAACUUAAUGCUGCGACAUACAGACAGAAGUUCAGAAAUGAGAGAAAGAUGACAGGGGAGAACUAUCCUCAGUUCGCCAGUCGCCUUCAGGGAUAUUUGACAAGGUGGAGGGAAAUGUCUGGAUACUCCUCUUCUUUUGAAGAUUUACAGGAGAUGAUCCUAACGGAACAACUCCGAGAGACAUUACCUCGGCCUAUGCAAACCUUCCUGACGGAGAAUGGUGCUGACAGACUGAGUGAGAUGUUGAUGUAUGCUGAGAGGUAUGAGAUGGCACAUAAAGAAGUGGGUAUAGGUGGGAAACCCAAGGCCCAGGGCCAAGGGAAAAAUAAUGGUAAUGGUCAUAAAACCCAUCCAAAUGAAUCCCCUAAAAAGAAUUCAUCCCAAGCACAACCCCAGAACCCCUCAAAAGUUCAGGGAACACAACAUAGACAACCCUUUAAUGGCCCUAAAAAGCCUUACUGCCAUAUUUGUAAGAAUAAUAACCACUGGACUAAGGAAUGUAAAUCCAAACAGUCAGGGAAUUUACAAGUAUCAGCUUUGUUGUCUACUGUAGUACCUUCUACCCAGGAACAAUUGUACAAUGGUUCCAAUAGGCCUCCUGUGGUAGAGAGGGUUUGGGCUAAUGGAUAUUCUCUAAAUUGUCUGUAUGAUAGUGGUUUGUCAUACGGCUGUGUGGUGAGGCCAGAGUUUGUAAAACCUGAUCAGUAUACUGGCAGAUUCAUAGAGCUCCAAUGUGCCACAUUGGAUGCUAAACCUUUAAACUUGCCUAUUGCUAAGAUUAAGGUCCGUUCAAAGUAUGUCUCGGGGGUAAUUGAGGCUGCAGUGCUCGAACACUGUACCUUUGAUUUAAUUCUUGGCGCUACUUAUGUAUUUUUAGCAGAGCCGAAGAAACCUUCAGAGCAUCUUGCUGCGGUGACCACCCGAGCACAACAUAAAAGUGCUUUAGAGGAUUCUCCUCAUGUAAAUCCUCUUCCUGAGGAAAUUAAGGUGGCCCAAAGUAGUGACCCAACCCUUAAGGCAUGUUUUAAAAAGUUAACUGCAAGUCACAAUCCUCCUUUGAAGAAAGAAUUCUUCAUGAAAGGUAAGUUGCUUUACAGAUGGGCAAGUGACAAGUAUACAGAGCACAGUCAACUUGUAGUACCCAAAACAUAUAGACAGCAGAUUCUCCAGAUGGGGCACACUAUAGCCUAUAGUGCCCAUAUGGGAAUACAUGCAACGACACAACGCAUUGCCUGCCAUUACUUUUGGCCAGGUAUGUCAGCAGAUAUCAUGCGUUAUGUCAAAUCCUGUCCGGAGUGCCAGAAGGUAGCUCCCAAAGGCAGGAAUGCACCAGUCGGACUGGGGGAAACCCCUGUCACCUCCACACCUUUUGAAAGGGUGGCGGUCGAUUUGGUUGGACCACUUCCUCUCACAAAGAAGAAGAAUGCUUACAUAUUGACCUUGGUCGACUGUUGUUCAGGGUAUCCGGAGGCUGUUGCACUUCGGAGGAUUGACAGUAAGACUGUGGCAGAGGCAUUGAUGAGCAUUUUCACCAGAGUGGGAUUCCCUUCGCAGAUACUGACAGACAAUGGAUCUCAGUUUAAAGGGAAACUAAUGGAGGAAGUGUUUCAGAUAAUCAAGUCUCAACACAUUUGCACCAGUCCAUACCGACCCCAAGCGAACGGCCAGAAUGAGCGGUUCAAUGGAACGUUGGUAUCGCUUCUGAGAAGAUUAACACAGGAAAAGCCAGAGAGGUGGGACGAGUAUCUGUCUGCAGCACUAUUCGCCUACCGGGAAGUACCCAAUGCCUCUACUGGAUUUCCACCUGCGACCUUGGUGUUCGGAAGACCCAUUUCUGGACCCUUGGCCAUUCUCAGGAAGACAUGGACAGACGAAGGGGCAGAUGAUUCCUUGAAAAAACCAUAUCACAGUAUGUGCAGGAACUCAAGGAACGGUUAA